GUAAAAAAUAUGCAUCUGCCGUUGAAUUCAUGUCAUUUGAAACAGCCAAGCAGAGUCAAAAACCCAAAAUACAAACCCUUACAAAGGGUUUACCCUCGAAUUUUGACAAAAUUUGCACCCUCUUCUUCCGGAAGUUUCUCGAAAUCUCAGCGAACUAAUGGAUAUCAGUGCGGUACCAUGGCACAUAGACAAAGUUGAUAUCGCGGCCUUGGUGAUGACCGGUGCUGUGAUCGCUAUGUCCCUCGAGGUGGCCUUUCGAAGCGCCAUUGAUAAAUUGGACAAGACGCUCGAUAUCCGUAUCGCCAAAGUCAUCAUGGGCUUGACGUUGUGCGCCAAAAACCUCGUUUUCGCAACGUUGCAUGAUUUAGGUCGGGGCUGCAGGGUUGCUGGGAAACUGGCGGACAUGUUUUACCAUAUAUCCGUCUUGGCGGGUUCGUACGUACUGUUCCGUCGGGUGGACGCUAUUGUUCCCAUCCACUUGAAACACCGUUUCUUUCACCUUCAUAUUGCGAUCCUCAUACUGCGCGCGAUACUUUCCGUUGUCGACAUCGUACUAGUGCAAGUCGGCCAUAAUACACAGGGUGUAUGUGUUUACACAGGCAAUUAUUAUUGGAGUCCAUUGUACACCAUUGUCGAUAUGUUGAUCGACAUGUACGUGACGUUCAUGAUCAUCUUUAUUUUGGUUCGACAUAUCCGUCUCUUAAUGGCAGCAGACGUGCCAUCAAGCAUUAGUCUCUAUUUCGCCGUCAUAUACAACAAUAGCAUCCGAACGUUCCUUCUCACCAUUGUCAGCCUUUUCUCUGCAGUCUUUCUGCUCUUGAGAGACCCUGAUGACGCGGUGAAGCUUAUAUGGGCGGUUAUCAAUCUUUUCUUUGUAAUUCUCAUAGGUUACGAUGCCGAUGUUACGAAAGGAAUUCGUCGAUUACAGAGAUUUCAUUGGCGUAACUUGGUGGUAUUGGAACGGCACCGAGAAAGUGCGGCUACGAGAGAAAUGCGGGACUGUAAUGAAAUGCUGCGUAAUACUCAAGGUGACAUUCAGCAUGAUUGCAGGUUGAAGCAGCAAAGUAAUCGAGGCUUGAGCUGGUACAGCGAUCCUUCUCUACAUGAUAUCGAAAGCUUGGAAGAUCAAAGCCAUCAUGGGCAACGGCGACCGUCAUCCAUAUUCACAGAUUUCAAGCAGGAUAAUGAAGACGCAUGAGCGUAAUAUAUACCACAAUCCAAUAAUGAUUUGUAUUUCACCAUUUCCAUUUUUGUGAAUAAAUCAAGAGAGAC